GUUCGACGACACACAAAUAUAGUAAACAAAACUCAUCUUCUCUGUUGUCUUCUUCUUCUUAUAAAAUUCGAUUCGAUCUGCGACGAGCAAACCCUUAGCGCAAACUCUUAUAGAUUCCUCAGAAAAUCUGUAACUCCGAGCUUUGAUUUCACCAGCUCUGUUUCCUCUCUCUCCAUCCAUCUCCUCGCUGGGUAAGAUCUUUAGAGCUCAUAUCGACUGCUGCUUUCUUGGCUGAGGAGAAAUUAACGGUAAGGUUGAGUCUCGUCUCGAUGUGGGAGGGACAGUAGGAUGAAGAUCCCUAAUCAUUAAGACUUUUUUUAAUUCAAGAGUGAUGCUCAUCUUCUCUCCUCUGUCUAUGGCUUUUACUGUCAUCCUUCAAAAGCUUAGUGUCUUUGGUCCUGGUUUGAAUCCCUCUCUCCCUUACUGCUUCGCCAAUCACUCCCGUUAACUCUUCCUCCUUCACUUGUCUACACUCUUUGAUAUUGCUUUUGACAUUCUUGAGUCAGAUAUACACCAAACAGGUCAUGUAAAUCUGAGUUAGUUCUUGAGGGAAGUCUUCUUUGACCUUCUACACCAAAACCCGCAUCUUACUUUCAAAGCUAGUUUUACUUUACCUGAAGCUUAGACCCAAGAAUGAUCCAAGACCUGCCGGUUGCAUUCUCGCUCCGGCGUAACUCCUUCAGACGCCGUUCCCCUAGAUCAAACGUCGAUGACAGGGGGUGGACUCCGCUCCACGUCAAAGCCAGGAAAGGCGAUCUCAAAUCCGUCAAACAGCUCCUCGACCAAGGGUUCGACGUGAACGCUCUAGCGUGGGGACCCAAAUCAAAGGGAGUGACUCCGCUUCACCUUGCUGCUGAGGGAGGUCAUAUAGAAGUUAUGGAUCUGCUUCUCGAGCGUGGGGCUAACAUCGAUGCUAGAACAUGGGGCUCUUGCGGGUGGACUCCUCUCCAUGCUGCGGCGAAAGAGAGGAAGAGAGAAGCGGUGAAGUUUCUGGUGGAGAAUGGGGCGUUUCUGCCGGAUGACAUAAGUGAUACGAGGUUCAAUCCGCCCGUGCAUUACUGUCAUGGACUGGAGUGGGCUUACGAGGAGAUGGAGAAGCUUAAGAGCGAGUCUUCUUCUUCUUCAUCUGGUGGAGACACAUCUUGCAGUUCAGAGAACUGAUCUUUGUUGCUGUCUUUUUUUGCUUUGAUAUUUCUCUUGUCAGAAAUCAGAAUGUUACGGUUUUGUCAGAACUCUGAAGAAAUGUUAUGGUUUGUGUUUGGUUUUGUAUCUUCUGUAUGUCAAAACUGCUACUGGUAUGCCUUUGCAUAAUAAAUCUUGUGUAUGUCAA